CGUCUUAUUAUGAAACAAUCUUUUCUGAAUGCAAAACUUGAGUGAAAAACUCGGAAUCGGCGUUUCAAUCAGCUGUUUGGCCUUCUCUUUAUGUGACCUUUAAGGUGCUAUCCAGAGGUCCAAAAGCACAUAUGGGCUCUAAGACCACACCAGCAAACAGAAGAAGAAGUCCAUUAUCUAUAAUUGUCGUGUUUGGUCUGUGUUGUUUCUUUUACUUACUAGGAACAUGGCAGAGAAGCGGUUUUGGAAAGGGAGACAAAAUAGCUAUUGAUUUAAGCAAGAAAACAGAAUGUGAGGAUGACUUUGCCACACUUGAUUUUGAAUCUCAUCAUAGUAUUCCUAUUCCUGAUGCUUCCAAGCCAAAAGCCAAGGUUUUCAAGCCAUGUGAUGACAAAUAUACCGAUUACACUCCUUGUCACGAACAGGACCGGGCUAUGCAAUUCCCAAGAGACAACAUGGUAUACAGAGAAAGACAUUGCCCCCCUGAAAAGGAAAAGCUGAAAUGUCUUAUUCCAGCACCAAAGGGCUAUUCAACUCCAUUUCCAUGGCCGAAAGGACGUGACUUUGUUCAUUAUGCCAACGUGCCUUUCAAGCAUUUGGCAGUUGAAAAGGCCAAUCAGCAUUGGAUAGAGUUUCAGGGCAAUGUAUUUAAGUUUCCAGGUGGUGGGACUAUGUUCCCCCAAGGAGCAGAUGCAUAUAUUAAUGAACUUGCAUCAGUGAUUCCUAUUGCCGAUGGUUCUGUCAGAACAGCGCUGGAUACUGGCUGCGGAGUUGCAAGCUGGGGUGCUUACCUGAUGAAGAGAAAUGUUUUGACCAUGUCAUUUGCGCCAAGAGACAACCAUGAAGCACAAGUGCAGUUUGCUUUGGAGCGUGGUGUACCUGCUAUUAUUGGUGUUCUUGGAUCAAUAAAACUUCCAUUUCCAUCAAGAGCAUUUGACAUGGCUCAGUGUUCACGAUGUCUUAUACCAUGGGCCGAGAAUGAUGGGACAUACUUAAUGGAAGUUGAUCGAGUACUUAGGCCUGGCGGAUUUUGGAUUUUAUCUGGUCCUCCAAUCAAUUGGAAGACCUACUAUCAGACAUGGAAAAGGUCCAAGGAGGAUCUCAAGGAAGAGCAAAGAAAGAUUGAAAAGCUGGCUGAGUCUCUUUGUUGGGAGAAGAAAUAUGAGAAAGGGGAUAUAGCUAUCUGGAGAAAGAAAGUGAACACCAAAUCCUGCAAAAUAAAUUCUGCUGAGUUCUGUAAAUCUGGUGAUGCUGAUAAUGUCUGGUACAAGAAAAUGCAAACAUGUGUAACUCCUUACCCUGAAAUUACCACUGCAAAUGAAGUGGCAGGAGGGGAGUUAAAGAAGUUCCCGGCAAGGCUACAUGCAGUACCUCCUCGGGUAGCUAAGGGACUAGUUUCAGAGGUUUCAGUUGAAUCCUACCAAGAAGAUAACCAGAAGUGGAAAAAGUAUGUUAAUACGUACAAAAAGAUCAACCGUUUGAUCGGUACAUCAAGAUAUAGAAACAUUAUGGAUAUGAAUGCUGGGCUUGGAAGUUUUGCUGCCACAAUCAACACGAACAAAUUAUGGGUGAUGAAUGUUGUGCCUACCAUUGCUCCAAACACAUUAGGUGUCGUUUAUGAGAGAGGUCUUGUUGGUAUAUAUCACGACUGGUGUGAGGGCUUCUCAACCUACCCGAGAACGUACGACUUCGUUCAUGCUAAUGGUCUUUUCAGCUUGUACAAUGACAAGUGCGAGCUAGAAGACAUCCUCCUAGAGAUGGAUCGGAUAUUGAGGCCAGAAGGGUUAGUCAUUCUCCGUGAUGAAGUAGAUGUGUUGACAAAAGUGAUGAAGAUAGCCAGUGGCAUGAGAUGGGAUACAAAACUAACGGAUCACGAAGAUGGACCCUUCGUCCCCAAGAAGAUCUUGGUCGCCACUAAACAAUACUGGGUUGGCGGCAUAGGCAACAACACAAUCUAGUGAGUCGUAAACUAAACUAUAUCUUCAUAGUUCCGUAUGCAAAAGUGAUCAUUUUAUGAAUAUCCUUAAACCCUAAACCCUAAACCAUGCCCAAAUCAGGAUCUUUUUCCCAAAAGAGGAAGAUAAAUAUUUGGAUUUCUCAAAUGGUUGCAUAAUGAAACUAGAGACUUGUAGGAUUUGUGGUUUUAUUGAUGUAAUCAAGUGCAAAGUCUUGUGUUGGCAUUCAUUCAUGCCGACAUUGAGGAAUUAGGAAGGAGAAAGGAAAGAUGGUUAUAAGUUACAUGAUUUUGCUUA